UGUGAAGUAUCCUCUGAAUUUUCUUUUGAUUUCACUAAGUGGAUUUUCCUUAGUAAACACGCUGAUUUGGUUCUACUUUUCCCUUAUAUAAAUAUUGCACCCCUCUCCAUUAGGCAAAGUUGGCAUUCUGGUUUUCUCACUUCCUGCUUAAUUGCUAAUCUUCAACUGGGUGUGGAAGCUUUCUUCAACAAUGGAUCCUAAUAUGAUUCGUCCGCGGAAAUGCAAGCCUUGUCCACCACCACCACCACCACCUCCAUCACCUAAAAGAGAGGCACCGCCCCCGCCGCCACCACCACACGGUGAAAACGUUGCACAAGCAUGUCAAUGUGAUUGUUGUAAUUUCCGCGGACAUCCAUCCCCAUUUUCGCCAUUAGCACCACCACCACCACUACCAUCAUUGGGGCCAUGUCAUCCGCCAUCGCACGUCAGAAACUACUGGAAUGAUGACUUGGACCGAUUCUCGAGAAUGCGGAGAGUGGAGAGCCUUGAGAUGGGCUAUAGGAUGAAUUUGCGUGACCCUUUCAAUGACUUUCCUGAGGAUCAUACUCCACGUCAUUGCAUGGCAGGACACCAACGUCAUAGACCACCACCGAUGCUAAUGGGGCACCACCACGGACAACCGCCACUAAUGUUGGGGCACCACCGUGGACAAACCCCACUGCUGUUGGGGCACCACCGCGAACCACCAACAUCCUAUUGUCCUCCACAGGGUGAUUAUGCAUACCAACAUGGCUACUCCGGCUAUGAGAAUCCAAAUGGUUGCACUAGUAUGUGAUGUCCUCAAGUCAAAAUUUGCUUGUUUUUUCGCUCUAUAUAUACGUUUUUAAUAACCUUUUGUUGCCUUAAUAUACUUUCACUUGACGUAUGAUUAAUUUCAACUUUUCUUUGAUGAGCUGCUAAUGAAAAAUGCUAUAUUUAUGUCAUGAAA